CCUUCGGGAAGCGGCCGCCUGGCGCGGCCCGGGGGAGCCCGGAGCUGGGGUGCCGAACCCAGAGGAGCCCUUGGAGCAUCGCUGAGCCCCAGCCCAGGCAGAAACAAUCAAAGAACCAGGCCGAGACCAGACAGCCAAACCACAGGGAAGUGGGGAGGAUACAGAUCAAACAAUGCAGCAAGGAGGAUUUCACACCCCAGCUACUGAGACGUGGUUUCUUGCCAGACAGCAGCUACCAAGCGACGUUUUCUAACACUGACGAGUGUCCAAGAAAAUGCACCCCAGUGAUUCCAGGCAGGUCCUGAAGGGGGCGCUGCUCUGCUCCCUGCUCGCAGCUCUGCUGCUCCAAGUGGCCGUGGGGCUGGAGUGCUACAGCUACAGGGGCACCUUCACGGGCAGCUUCUCCCUGGGCGAGGUGCCCAAGGUUACCUGCGGGCCGGCGCAGAACGUCUGUGCCGAGGGGCUGAUCGUCCUGAGCAUCGGGGGCCCGCGGAUGCUGGUGGUGAUGAAGAAGGGCUGCCACACGGCGCCGUCUCGGGACCUCUCCGGCAUCAGCGAGGGGCCGUAUCUCCCCGACUACUAUCACACCCGCUUCUGCAACGCCAGCCUCUGUAACCACCGGUACCGGGACAACAGCCGCAUCCCGGCCUUUCCCACAGCGCCCCCAGACAACACCUCCAGAAGCCUCCUGUGCUACACCUGCAUUGGGAGCACCCCGGAGAGCUGCUCCCCGCGCCGCGCCCAGCAGAGCCAGUGCCAUGCCGACACCCCGCUGUGCUACGAGGGGACAGGCACGGCCACCAUCGGAGACUUUGUGGUCCCCAUCUACCUCCGCUCCUGCCAGGCAUCGGGCUGCGCAUCCAUCACGCCGGCCGACCCUUGGCUGAAUAUCCAGCUCGAGAAAAGGUCCUGCUGUGCUCAGCCCCUGUGCAACCACGCGCCGGAGCCGGCACCCACGGAGCCGGCACCCCGCCCCUCGCGCACAGCCCCCACCAAUGGCAGCCCCCGGCCUGGGCUGUCCCUGCCUGCGCUGCUGCUGGGCGGGCUGGGCCUGCUCUGGGAUCAGGGCAGGGGAUGGAGGCUCCCCCUAUAGACGACCCCUCCCAGUCCUGGGGGCACCAUAAAGUCCGUCAAGCCAGCCACAGCCCUGCUCCUCCCAGGCUCCCCGGCUCCCACUGUGCCCAGCUCCUCCCAGGCUCCCCGGCUCCCACUGUGCCCAGCUCCUCCCAGGCUCCCCGGCUCCCUCUGUGCCCAGCUCCUCCCAGGCGCCCCGGCUCCCGCCGUGCCCAGCUCCUCUCAGGCGCCCCGGCUCCCGCCGUGCCCAGCUCCUCCCAGGCUCCCCGGCUCCCACCGUGCCCAGCUCCUCCCAGGCUCCCCGGUUCCCACCGUGCCCAGCUCCUCCCAGGCUCCCCGGCUCCCGCCGUGCCCAGCUCCUCCCAGGCGCCCCGGCUCCCGCCGUGCCCAGCUCCUCCCCGGCUCCCACCGUGCCCAGCUCCUCCCAGGCUCCCCGGCUCCCGCCGUGCCCAGCUCCUCACAGGCUCCCCGGUUCCCACCGUGCAGCUCCUCCCAGGCUCCCCGGCUCCCGCCGUGCCCAGCUCCUCCCAGGCUCCCCGGCUCCCGCCGUGCCCAGCUCCUCCCCGGCUCACACUGUGCCCAGCUCCUCCCAGGUGCCCCGGCUCCCUCUGUGCCCAGCUCCUCCCAGGCGCCCCGGCUCCCGCCGUGCCCAGCUCCUCCCAGGCUCCCCGGCUCCCAUGGAGAUGCUGCCCAGGGCUCUUUAAUACCCAUCACUCUGGCACUGUCCCCGCUAGGUGUGGUCAUGGGGCCCCUGCAUGGCUGGCGACUGCCCCUCCCCCAAACUCCCCGCCCCGAUCGUGCUUCAUGUGGGGACUGGGGAUUUCUUUGUAAACAUGCAGUGGCUGAGCCGGAGACCCCGGAGCUGCCCCAUCCGGCCAGGCCCAGGGUAUUCAGUGGGAGCUGAGAGCCAGGGGCCCCGGAUCAGCCCCAUGGGCCCAUCUACCCCGGGGCCCCGCCUCCUCCUCGCCCCCGGAUCAGCCCCACGGGCCCAUCUACCCCGGGGCCCCGCCUCCUCCUCGCCCCCGGAUCGGCCCCACGGGCCCAUGUACCUCGGGGUCCCGCCUCCUCCUCACCCCUGGAUCGGCCCCACGGGCCCAUCUACCCCGGGGUCGCGCCUCCUCCUCGCCCCCGGAUCGGCCCCACGGGCCCGUCCACCCUGGGGCCCCGCUUCCUCCUCGCCCCCGGAUCGGCCCCACGGGCCCAUCUACCCCGGGGUCCCGCCUCCCCCUCGCCCCCGGAUCGGCCCCACGGGCCCUGUGACGGGUCGUAGCUCCCGGGUGCCGUCUGGGAGCUGUUGGAACUGCUGUGCCCCCUUGAUUAUUCAGAGGGGCCGGCUCAGCCAGCCUCUCCAGGCCCUGCUAUCCCCCAACACGACAGCAGGUGGCGCCACCCACCCAACUGAGUUACCUGAGUGCUUUACCGAAGCCACCCAAUCGCCAGCUCCCCCGCCUGGCGCCCCCGCUGGAGCAUAAACCCGAACGGGCCUGUCUGGCACCGCACAGGGACCUGGCGAGUGCAGGCUCCCCCCUCGGUGUGGGGAAGGGAGGUGUGACAGUUACUGGUGGCCCCCCCUUAAUGGCUUACAAGCGGCCCGUAGGGGGAAGCAGAAGCCUCACGUACACAGUAACCAGAACUUUUGAACUGUCUUUUCUCUUCUGCCUCAAAGCAGAGAAAUCUUGCUCCAAGCCGGUUUUUACUAACCAGAUAACAGGAGCUCGGGGUUUGACACCCACCAAUGAAGUGUUAACACGGCUUGGUCUUGUCUGAAAGUGUAUAAAAAGCUUGUGAAACUUGUUAUGCAGCAGAGUUCUUUGUACCUGAGUACAAGGCUCGCCUUUUUUCUGCAGAAUAAAGCAACCUUUCCUUA